AUGAUGGAUUUACAAGUGAACCAGAAUAUUUUGGAUGUAAAUAAUUCAGAAAGUAAUGAGAAGAAGUGUAUCCCUUCAAAAAACGAAGAACCUACGACCAAAACAUGUUCUAAAAGAGGUAGAAAAUCAACUGUUCCACGAGAAAUAAGAGAACAAACAAGACGAAUUAAAAAACAAAAUAUCGAACGAAGUCGACGUGCGUGUAUUGCCAAUCAGAUGACUGAAUUGCAUAAACUUGCAAUGAAUUUAAUUGGAUUAGAAAUUUCUGAACAGACAAAAAUUGAAAAAGUAGAUAUUUUACGCAUAUGUUACGAAGUUUUUGGAAAUGUUGGAAUCCUGUUGAAUGAAAGACCUGAUUUAAAGGAAAAACUAAAACAAAUGUGUCAUUCAGUUCAAACAAAAUCUUUAUCCAAACAUCAAGAAGUAAAAGACAAUAACAGUGAAAACUCCACUCCAUCGAAUUUAUAUACUAUGGAUACUUCGACAAGGAAUACUCAAUCAUCACCAAUAAUGUACAAUAAUAAAGAGAAUUAUAAUCCAAUCGAUAACAAUAUUUUAAUUCCAUCAGAAUUAAGCGCAUUUACACCGAUUAGAAGAAUAAAAGAUGAACAAAACUUUGAAUAUCAUUCGACACCGAUACAACUACCGUCUCUUACAGCAGAUAGUGGAUACUUUGAUAUAUAUUCGUCAUUAUCAACAACACCUUUGAGAACAACUGAAAAUAUACAUUCCACUAAUUUACAAAUAAAUAGUUAUACUUAUCCCCAUCAAACAUAUAAACAAGAUGAUACCUCAGUAAUAGCACUUCAAUCAAAGGAGAAUAUCUUAAAGUAUGAAAAGAGUUCGACCACUUCUUCAGAUAGUAAAGAUGUAUGGAGACCAUAUUUGGACUGA